AUGGCAAGCAACGCCAAGUCGAGGUGGGCAGAUAGCGAGGAGGACGCAGCCCUGGAAGCAAAACUGAAGCGAGAAAAGGAGGAGAAGAAGCGUCUGAAAGCCGAAAAAGCGCGCAAAGCAGCCGAGGCGGAACGAUUGGCGCAGCAGCCGAGGGCGGCGAGGAGCAGCAAUGGCACCGAGAACAACAACAGCAGCGACGGCGACGACGACAGUCACAACACACGGCCAGCGAAACGGCGCAAGUUCACUCCCGACGCGGAAGACAGGACAGCAGCCAACGGCGAUGGUGGCGCUGCACCGCCAGAUGCCAAAGAGAGCGCGGCGAAGCUCAUGCGCUUCCCCGUCGGCCACUGGAGUAAGUGCCGGAGCGUGGAGAACUACGACAAGCUCAACGAUAUCGAGGAGGGUACAUACGGCUGGGUGUCGCGGGCCAAGGAAGCUUCUAGCGGCAAGGUCGUUGCGCUCAAGAGGUUGAAGAUUGAACCGAGUGAUCGCAAUGGGCUGCCGGUGACGGGGUUGAGGGAGAUACAGAUCCUGCGAGAUUGCAGCCAUCGCAAUAUCGUCAAUCUCGAGGAGGUUGUGGUGGGAGACGACACUUCAAAGAUUGAAAACAUCUUUCUAGUACUAGAAUUCGUCGAACACGACCUCAAGAGCAUCCUAGAAGACAUGCCCGAACCCUUCCUCCUCUCCGAAGUCAAAACCCUCCUCCGCCAACUCACCGCCGGCGUCGCCUACCUCCACGACAACUGGAUCCUCCACCGCGACCUCAAAACCUCGAACCUCUUACUCAACAACCGCGGCCAGCUCAAGAUUGCAGACUUUGGCAUGGCGCGGUACGUCGGCGACCCAAGCCCGAAGCUGACCCAGCUCGUCGUGACGCUGUGGUACCGCUCGCCCGAGCUGCUCCUCGGCGCCAAGGGUUACGGUAAAGCCGUCGACAUGUGGAGCGUGGGCUGCAUCGUUGGCGAGCUCCUGACGCGGGAGCCGCUGCUGCAGGGCACCAACGAAGUCGACCAGGUGACCAAGAUCUUUGAGCUCUGCGGCGUGCCGACGCAGGAGACGUGGCCCUCGUUCCGGAGCCUGCCGAAUGCGCGGUCGUUGCGGUUUCCAAAGACGCCCAACGCGACGGGGUCCAUGAUACGGACAAAGUUUACGACGCUGACGAAUGCUGGGUGUAAGUUGCUCAACGACCUGCUCUCGUUGAACCCGGAUUCGAGGCCGUCGGCCAAGGAGAUGUUGGAGCACAAAUAUUUCAGGGAAGAUCCGAAGCCCAAGAAGGAGGGCAUGUUUCCAACGUUCCCCAGUAAAGCUGGCCAGGAGAAGAGGCGAAGACAUGAACCGAAUGCUCCCGUGCGUGGGCAGAAUGCGGCAGACCUGAGUGACGUCGACUUUAGCGGCAUCUUCCAGGGCAGAGAUAAGGAAGAGAAGGGUGGCGGAUUCUCACUUAGGAUGGUGUAG